AUGGGGAUCAGAAACAUCUCUAAACUCAUUGCACUUGCCUCCCUAUCCGGCCUCACAGCAGCCUGGUUGCCCGAGACCGACAAACAAAUCUCCUCAACCAAUGGCAAAAACCUAUUUUCCACCUCCAACGGCAAGAUCCGCGGAGUGAACAUGGGCAAUCACUUAGUAUUCGAACCAUGGAUUGCCCAAGACGUCUGGUCCGACAUGGGCUGCAAAGGCCAAGAGUCCGAGUUUGACUGCGUCUCAAGUAUCGGCCAGGACGCAGCCAACAGCGCCUUUGCAAAACACUGGGAAUCGUGGAUUACCGAGGCCGACAUCCUCGAAAUACAGAGCUAUGGUCUUAACACUAUACGGGUGCCUGUUGGGUACUGGAUGAAGGAAGACCUUGUCUACGCCAGCGAGCAUUUCCCGCGGGGUGGGUUUGAGUAUCUUGAGAGGCUUUGCGGAUGGGCUAGUGAUGCGGGUUUAUAUAUUGUUAUUGAUUUCCACGGACUUCCGGGAGCGCAGACGCCUAAGAAUGCUUUUACUGGUCAAUAUGUUUCGAAUGCCAGCUUUUACCAGGACUAUCAGUACGACCGAGCAGUGGAGUUCCUUGGGUGGAUGACGACGAAAAUACACCAGAGCGAGAAAUUCCGCAAUGUUGGAAUGCUUGAGAUUGUCAAUGAGCCGGUCCAGGAAGCAGCCAAGGCUAAUUCAAUGCGGUCGAACUACUACCCGGAUGCAUUCAAGACGAUCCGCGCGGUUGAAAAGAAUCUCAACAUCGAUAAGAGCGAUUAUCUCCAUAUCCAAGUGAUGAACAAAGCAUGGGGAUCCGGUGAUCCUACUGAAUUCCUCGAUGACAUCUACGACACAGCCUACGAUGGCCACAUCUAUCUCAAAUGGGCCGGUAUCGAGACCAAGGAAGCCUACCUCAACACAUCAUGCAGCAAUUUACUGGACAACCUAUCACCAACCAUUGUUGGUGAAUGGAGUCUGAGUGUAGCUGAUGAAACUGGGUGGAAUGCAGACUGGGAUCCCGCAUUGAACACCGACUUCUAUAAGCGAUGGUUCGCGGCCCAGGUUACAACAUAUGAGAAACGUCUAGGGUGGAUAUUCUGGACUUGGAAGGCUCAGUUGGGGGAUUAUCGGUGGUCAUAUAAAGAUGCGGUUUCCGCUGGUGUGAUUCCAACUGACCUGAACUCGGUGUUUGAUAUGAGAGUUUGUGAACAGAUUAAGAAUUCAACACUUGCCUAG